AGGUCGUGCGGUAUCGCCCAGGCGGACAUUACCACGCCCAUUUUGACAGCAGUGAGGUGACGUCAGACCUCGAGUGCAGACAUACGGGUAUUACUUUCAACCAAUCACGUGAGGCGCCAUUCCACGAGGAACGGUGCCGCUAUUGCAGGAUGAUAACAAUACUCUACUAUUUAAAUGAUGUAGAUGAGGGAGGAGAGACUGCAUUUCCUUUCGCAGACAUGGACAUCAAUACACCUGAGUAUGAGAGGAAGCUGGAAUAUGACUACACGGACUUGACUGACCAUUGCCACGACAGUAGUCUCGUGGUCAAGGCAGAGCGAGGCAAGGCAAUCAUGUGGUAUAACCACAACCUUGACCCUCAAACAGGUUGGCUUGGGACGAGUAGGGGCCACUCGCUGCACGGGGGUUGUGAAGUCAUCCGUGGGGUCAAAUGGAUAGCCAAUAACUGGAUUUCAGUUGACGACGUGUAUAAUAGACAACAGCGAUAUAUGGACGAACUCAGACCAUUCAUUCGUGCAACAUCACUCCAUUCUAAUCCACGGAAAAGUACAACUAAAAGAGCAGGAUUAUCGCAAGAUAAAUCGAAACAUUCUCCCAAACUAGAAAAGAAUACAAACAAUUCGUCGUGUAAUUCGAGAAAAGAUGCAUAUAAACAGGAUCCAAUAGAGCCUAGAUGUUCACAGUCAAUGUUUGAUGAAAGAUGAUGGUAGAGUGGAACAUUUUGGUCUUUCAGAAGGGGCCGGUCAAAAAAUUACACUCUAAAAAGACAGGGAUUUAAAUAAAUCCAUUACGGCUGUGAAUAGUGACCUGUCGAUAUUACGAUUU